GCCGGGCCGGGCCCGCGCUGAGGGAGCGCUCGGGGUAGUGCCCGCCGCCACUGCGGGGCGCGGCAUGGACACCCACUAUUACGGCGGGGAGCAGUCAGAUGAUGGAGGAGCUACUCCAGUGCAAGACGAGCGAGACUCAGGAUCUGAUGUGGAAGAUGAAGGAAAUGAACAACAUUCUGGCUCGGAGAAUGGAAGUGUAGGGCACCAUUCAGAGAAUGAACACAGUGAUGGAGAAGAUGAAGGGCAAGUGGGAGAGCCUCAUAUGACAGACUCUGAAAAUGAAGAUAUCCCAAGGCAAAAAGAAAGUGACUCAGAUAAUGAGGAGCCCCCAAAUCACAAUGUAAGUGAUUCAGAAAAUGAAGCAACUCAUGGAGGGAAAGACAGUGAUUCUGAUACUGAGGACCGUCCAAACCGGCAUUUAAGUGACUCUGAAAAUGAAGAUUCCUUAAAUCAUCGAGCGAGUGACUCUGAAAAUGGAGAACCUCCAAGGGAUCACAGCAGUGAUUUUGAAAAUGAGGAAUCACACAAGCAGCCAGCCAGCGACUCAGAGAGCGAGGAGCUCCAGAAGCCUCCAGCCAGUGACUCUGAAAGUGAAGAGCUCCAGAAGCCUCCAGCCAGCGACUCCGAGAGCGAGGAGCUCCAGAAGCAGCCAGCCAGCGAGUCGGAGAGUGAGGAUGUGUCCAGACACAAGCAGAUAGAGUCUGAAGAUAGCGAUGGGGAGGACAGGAAGGAAAAGGUGCAGAAUGACUCCCAUCAUUCAGAUAAUGAACAUGUAAGGAAAGAAUUUCAGGGCUCUGACAGUGAAGACGAAGCUCCUAAGAGACGUAAAAUAUCAGACAGUGAUGAAGAUGAGAAAGAGGAAGAAAAGACGGUGAAGAGGAAAACAGCCAUCCUUUCUGAUAGUGAGGAUGACAAUGAGAAAACACCUACAAAAAAGGUACGGAUCCUUUCUGAUGCUGAAGAAUCAGAUAGUGAUGCUGCUUCAGAGAAAUCUGACAAAAGGAAGAAAAAUGCUGUAUCUGAUAGUGAAGAGGAGGAAGAAGAAGAAGGAAAAGAGAAUGCUGAGAAGAAAAAAGGGAAAGAUCUGUUUGGCAGUGACAGUGAAUCUGGAAAUGAACAAGAGAACCUGAUUGCAGAUAUAUUUGGAGAAUCUGGUGAUGAGGAAGAGGAGGAAUUUACAGGUUUUAACCAGGAGGAUUUGGAGGAAGAGAAAGGUGAUGGAGACAUGAAGGAGACAGCAGAUGAAUCAGACUCUGAUGAUAACAUCAAAAGAGGGAAGCACAUGGACUUCAUGUCAGAUUUUGACAUGAUGCUGCAGCGGAAGAAGAGCAUGAGCGGCAAGCGCAGGCGGAACCGUGAUGGGGGAACUUUCAUCAGUGAUGCAGAUGAUGUGGUCAGUGCCAUGAUUGUGAAGAUGAAUGAAGCUGCUGAGGAGGAUCGUCAGCUGAAUACACAAAAGAAACCCGCACUAAAGAAAUUAACUUUGCUUCCAACUGUAGUUAUGCAUCUUAAAAAGCAGGAUCUCAAAGAAACUUUCAUCGAUAGUGGUGUUAUGUCUGCCAUCAAAGAGUGGCUUUCUCCUCUUCCAGACCGAAGUCUGCCAGCACUGAAGAUAAGAGAGGAGCUUCUGAAGAUCCUGCAAGAGCUGCCCAGUGUAAGCCAAGAGACACUGAAGCACAGCGGCAUCGGACGGGCUGUGAUGUACCUGUACAAACACCCCAAGGAGUCGAGGCCGAACAAGGACAUGGCUGGGAAGCUGAUCAAUGAAUGGUCUCGACCCAUCUUCGGCCUUACCUCAAACUACAAAGGUAUGACCAGAGAAGAGAGGGAACAGAGAGAUUUGGAACAGAUGCCUCAUCGAAGGAAGAUGAGCAGCUCUGGUGGUCAGACUCCCCGUAGGGACCUGGAGAAAGUGUUAACAGGAGAAGAAAAGGCUCUCAGGCCCGGGGACCCUGGGUUCUGUGCCCGUGCCAGGGUGCCAAUGCCCUCCAACAAAGACUAUGUCGUCAGGCCCAAGUGGAAUGUGGAGAUGGAGUCCUCCAGGCCCGGGACUAUUAAGAGAGGUAUUAGUCGCUUGGAAAAGCACAAGAGACGGUUUGCUGAACAGAAACGACUCAGCAAAGUGCAUCGGGCCAUCAAGUUCAGCAUUGAAGGCAACAGGAUGCCCCUGUAGCCAUACCACUGCCUUCCCAAGUUGGAGAGGUAUCCCUCGAGGGAGGUGUGAACAGUGCAUGUGCUCCAGCUGUUGGCAGUUUGCACAUGCAGGACAGGAGUGUGUACACCCUAACUUAAACCUGGAAAACUCUCCUUGAAUUCUCUCGUGUCUGUACUGUGACCUACAAGGGAACUUGUACAGGAGAAAAACAAGCUCUAGCACAUAACAUCUGCCAUGGCUCCUGCCUGCACAGCUUCAGGGUACCUGAAUGACAGGAGUUCAGUGAAAAUACCAGCUUUGUGCUCAAAACCAGCUUUGCACCACCUGUGGUUUUGAAUGCUGUUCUGACACAAUUAGGUUUUCCAGAUUCACCUGAAGCGACACAUGGGAAUUCUUAGCCCUUGGUACAGGAUCUCGUGUCACUGCACGCCGGCGUCUGUGGCUGACUCUGACUGGGGCACAGUGAGGUGUUUUUCACACCUGCUCCUUCAAGGAACUAGAAUGAUGUGAGACAGUAGGGAUGGUUGAUGGGAGCUACAGAAUGAGACUAGGGGGAGAAGAAUCCUCUGCUGAGUAUGGGUUGGGAGAACAUGCAUGAGUAGGAAUUGUUUUGACAAUUCCUGGUCUGCAUUUCAGUGCUGUGAAGCAGGGCUGCCACUAGCUAACAGUGACAGGAAGAGGUGAGCACAAGUCUUAGAUAAAACUGUUGAGUUCAUAUUAAGCUUCAUAUUUAUUUGUUUUUAAAAAGAUAUUUUCUUAAACAUCACUGUGAAAUUUUAGCUAUCAUUUCAAUGAAUAGUGAACAGAUUUAUGAAUAAAGCUUAUUUAAAAUCA